UGCACUCCACUUGAAAGGCACACGAGGACCUUGUAGCUAUUCACAAUGGCCAAAACUCAAGUUCUAGUGCCAACGUUUUAUCGACAAAUUUUAAGUGAUAUUGGCCUGUCAGUCAGCAACGUCAAGGAAGAAAAUCGCCAGGAAGUCUCAUGUGACGGCUACAAACAUYCUAGUGACGUCAGAAGCAUGCAGCCAUUAUUGACGUCCAUUAGCGAGGACUUGGAUGUUCUCAAAUACUUGACGAGCGAGGCUUCAAAAGUCGACGUUUGUUUUCUGAACCUGAAACGAGUUUACGAGAAAAGACAGACACGAGUUCAUCGUAAAUCAAGACAGAAAAUUCUCAAAGGYAAGGUUGAGAUGGUAGCCACYUUUGAUGCUCAGAUUCAGGAUAUAGUUGUGGCUGUAGAGCGAACGUCCGAGUCGCGUCGUUUGUGUGGGGACAACUGCGGCCAAAUUGCCUUGGAUGUGACGAUGGGAAUAUUGGAACGAGAUAAGCAACAUUUCUCGGUGGACCUGGAUUCGGUGUAUCUAGCAAAUGAUGGUCUCACGCCCGUUUACAAACUAUCGACAGUGGACUCGAAUAGAAGGAAUAAAUUCCAUUUAGCGGUGACUUUGGAAUUUAUCGACAGCACAAGGAGCGAUACAUUCUAUAGUGAACCAUUUCUACUAAGAAGUCAGAGAAAAGAACAUAAACAGAAUUAACUGGUUAAAGUGCUUGGUUCCUAUAGAUUACCAGCCUCUUCUCCAGAAGCGYCUCUCAUUUUGCCUUGUCUUGGGCUUCUUGAUUUCUGUUAUUUUGGGCGAUUCCUURAUUUCGAAGGGAUUCCCAAAAAGACACGGAAAAAUGAAAACUUGUUGCAGAGGAGGUUAUAAAUCAUAUACACUUCAGGGUUCAAAAAAGAUGACAUCAAAUGAAUCUCUUAAGCCUUAAGAGCGAAGAUUUUUKAGKUAAUUUGAUAUUAAAUCACUUAUGCCUAAACAAUUUCUCGCGGAGGAGGUUUUAAUUAAUCAAUUAGUGCAGUCAGUUUUCACUGUUUCCCUUUCGGUCUCAAUUUCAAUGAUGUCACCUUUUAAAACCCAAAGACUCCUCCGCAGUCAACAAGAUCCACUGAGUGUGUGAAGGGGGUGUGGGGGAUGUGAGUCUCCAGCAUGAGUAUCCUAACUACGAUGGUGGCUUGCAGUCUCCUAAAAAGAUCCUGGAUACUACACUCUAUGCAUAUUAAAGAUGUACGAUAUUUAUACAACACAGUAUUUAACAAAGUCUCAUUCGCAGCCUAACCUUCUCUUCGGGACAAGCGUGAAGCCCGACAAGGGGUUAGCUGCAAAGAAGACUAUAUUUAACACAAAUGAUGCACUUAAUUAUAUUGGUUGCUUCUGUAGGUACCGGAGUACAGAUGACGCAAUUCAAUAGAAACAGAAGCUUAAAGCAAAGAAGCAGAUUCUAAACAAUACCCCGAAAUACAAUGAAACCUAACCAGAAUACAAUAGAUUCCGGUACACACAGAAAGGCCCCUUAUAUUUUUCUAUUUUCCAUUUAAUAGCAAGUUUUUCGGCACUUUCAUAUUACAUCAACCUACUUUCCUUGGCUGGGAAGAUUUCACAGGGCGUAUUCAUUCUAGUAACAAGGCAUGAUCACCCGCACUGUCACCCUGGUCCCCAUGAGGCGCUUCCUCAAACGAAGGUUUGGGAUAAGAGCCUGGGGAGGAGGCUAAACCUUGGCUAAACCAUGAUAGUAAAUGUAGUGAUCCCACGCAUUAUAUAUCGUAUUUUAUAUAAUCAAUUUUAGUGCACACGGAUUUUUUACUGUCUCCACUCGGAAAUUAAGAGAAAAAAUAUUGCUGCAUUUUAUACUCAUUAAAAGCUUCGGGAAUGCUAUAUAAACAUUAAAAACAUCUUUGCAAAUAAAAUAAAAAUAUUUUCUCCAAUAAAAAUAAAUUUACCUAUA